AUGUCUCCGCUCAAGAUUGUUCUGUUCCUGUGGGUGGCCGUAGUGGCCCAUCUCGUGCAUGCGCGGGCCAUCGGUGUCAUGCCUCCGCAAGUGAAGCGCGACCUGCCAGGAUGGCCCUCGUCCACUGCAGCGCCUCAGCCAGUACCGGAUCCAGUCUCUAUGUACCAACAAUUCGCCGGACUGGCUCAGGAGUCGAACUGUGUUAACUACAAAAUCAACAUGACUAUAGGCGACGCGAAGCUCCUGUACAGCUGGGGAGACGGUGACCACGACCAACGCCUUCAGCUCUUCCACUCGAAGUCCCUUGGUAUCGUUGCUUCUUGGUCGGGAAUGAACCAGUCCAGCUUGACGUCCUUGUUGAGUGCUGCGGAUUUGUUCCUUGUCGAUCCAAACAGGGAUCUUUUCCCUAUGGUUUUGCCUGGUACCAAAGUCUUCCAGGGAUUCCAGAGUGCUUACGAGCGUGUGGCAUCGCGUUUGUUGGAAAAGCUGGAUUACUACCAAAAUAUGUACGAUGAAGACCGCGUCUCUUUCACAGGUCUCUCGUAUGGUGCAGCCUUGUCCGCCUUGGCCGUGCAACACGUGGAUGCUAACUUGAAGCGGGGCUCUGUGUACAAGACUGUUGUGUUUGGUCUGCCGCGUAUUGGUAACCGUGAAUGGGCCAACUCCCUUGACAAGCACAUGAAGGGCCGUUUCUAUUAUGUUGUAAAUGGCCCAGACUUGGUUCCGCACAUGCCACCCCGUGAAUGGGGCUACCAGCAGCCAUCAGGUCAGAUUUGGAUCAACCCUGCCAACUCUACCCACUGGAAGUUCUACCCAGGCCAAGAAAAUGUCCAUGGCGCUGACUCGGUUUUGGCUUUCAACAUCCCUGACCACACAGGUGUGUACUUCAAUACGGAAAUCGCUUCGUACUGGGGUCAUUGCCCAGCUACUAUCGGUCAAGACGGAGGAAAAUCAUCAUGA